ACACCCCUUGGAUCGGUCCAGAGUCAAGAACUCGAGAUACACACACGACGCACCGAAACUGAGCGCUGGCUUGGCGCAGUACCCCUCUCGUCUCUUCUCACACCUCUCUCCCGCACAAGCUAUAAUCGGAGGAGGAUAGUUUGGAGCGCCGAGACACAUCGAGAUGGAGCAUGUUGCGAGGUUCUUCUUCGGGGUCUCCGGCAAUGUCAUUGCUCUGUUCCUCUUCCUGUCGCCGAUGGUCACCUUCUGGAGGAUUAUCAAGAUGAAGUCGACGCAGGAUUUCUCCGGCGUGCCGUACAACGUGGCGCUGCUCAACUGCCUCCUAUUGGCAUGGUACGGUCUGCCGUUCGUGUCCCCGAACAACAUCCUGCUGUCGACCAUCAACGUGACUGGGUCGGUGAUCGAGGCCAUCUACGUGGUGAUCUUCCUCAUCUUCGCGGAGCGCAGGUCCAGGCUCCGGCUGCUGGGCCUACUGGGCGGCGUCGUCGCCAUCUUCACCACGGUGGUGCUGGUCUCCCUGCUGGCGCUCCACGGCAACGGCCGCGACGUCUUCUGCGGCGUCGCCGGAACCGUCUCCUGCAUCUGCAUGUACGCCGCGCCUCUUUCCGUCAUGAGGCUGGUGAUCAAGACCAAGAGCGUGGAGUUCAUGCCGCUCCUGUUGUCCCUCUCCGUCUUCCUCUGCGGCACCUCCUGGUUCAUCUACGGCCUGCUCGGCCUCGACCCGUUCAUCUACAUCCCCAACGGGUGCGGCUGCUUCCUGGGCAUGGUGCAGCUCAUCCUCUACGCCAUGUACCGGAAAAACAAGGGCCCCGCUACCGCGCUGGCGGGCAAGGGUGAUCCCGCCGCAGUAGUCGAAGUGGAAGGCGCCAAGAAGGCCGCUGCCCCGGUGGAGGUGGCCGAGGACAAGAUCAAGGUCGACAACAUCGUCGCUGUCGACAAGUCGGCCGUCAAGGGAGAGCCUUCCGCCGCAGGAGAGGAGGUGGAGGACGCCAAGAAGGCCGCCGCCGAGGUCAAGAUCAAGGUCGACGACAUCGUCGCUGUCGACAAGUCGGCCGUCAAGGGAAAGUCUUCCGCCGCAGGAGAGCAGGUGGGAGGACACCAAUAAGGCCGCCGCCGCGGUGGAGAUGGCCGAUGUCAAGAUCAAGGUCGUCGUAGACGAGUCGGCCGUCAAGGGAGAAGACGCCAAGAAGGUCGCCACCGCGGUGGAGAUGGCCGAGGCUAAGAUCAAGGUCGCCGGCACCGUGGCCGUGGACGAGCCGGCCGUCGCGGCCCAGGUGUAGGCGUCGCGGAAGCAAUGGAUGAUGGAGUAACCCUGCCGCACCUCUAGCUGUUAGUUUCUCCAGUUUGAUCCAGGUUUCAAUUAUCUGAAUAAUUGGCCGAGGAGUGUGUACCUGUCCACACCUCGGUUUAGCGGUAGAUUAGAGCAUCUCCAGCUGCGUCCCCCAAAGCGUCCCCUAAAGGGAUUUGUGGCGCGUCGGACAGAAAAACCGUUCCAGCCGUGUUCCCCAAGCCCA